AUCUGGAAAUGUUUGGUUUCGGGCGAGAGCCGAAAUUUUCAGAAAUGGAGUUGGCGGCGCAAGCGGAGGCUGAUUUUGAAGUGAACGAGGACGAGGCAGAAAUGGCUGCAGUAGGUGACGUCUUGUGGCCUCCGUUGAACCGGCUGGGCAACACCGAGUGGUGUGACUGCAGUAAGUGCCGUGCAAUGCCAGAACGGCUGGAUUGUAUCUGCUGCCAGGACGCAGCCAUUACUCUGGAGAGAACUCGGGAGCACGGAGUUCGAUGUGUUGUAGAGAUACCAGACUUCGAGACUGUCGUGCUCCACCAGCAAGUUCUGGCGACCGCUUGGCGAGGGUACUUCGAAAUGAAGCAGCAGCCAAAGCAGCUAUCUGACGAACCUGACAAUAGGUCGCUGCGCUAUGCAGCUUAUCGACAGUACACGCUGUUCAUACAUGGGAAACUGGGCAGACAUGUCCGUUGUCGGAUUCCGUCCUGCGCCGUCAACGUCAUACGAGCAAAGUAUCCCAAUCCUGAAGGAGAGCCAUAUCAAGGGUUCAGAGAAGCGGAGGACGAACCGGUGCAAUGGCCAGAUGACUGACCUAUCGCAAGCGUUCUACAAUGUCAGUCUUCUGUGGAGGUUCUUGUCGUGAUAUUGGCAAGUGUGGACGCUCAGGCAAGCUGGCAACAUCCAAGUUGCGACGUGCAACUUUCACAACAUCAGCCAUUAGCUGCUCCACGAACUGGUAGCUCUUGCGGUCAUACAUUUUCUUGGCAACAUAAUCUCCUUUCUGCCGAGAAAAUUGCACCUUGUAUCUCUCCUGUCCUGAUGCUGUCUUGCUGUGCUGGCGUCCAACAUUAGAGUUAUGGUCCAGAG